AGUUGACCUGAUCUCCUUGGAUCUUUAAAACCCCAUUUUACAGAGGUUUAUGUUGCAGCAACACGGUUGUUCGUUUUAGUUUUGUGCGCUUCGCUGUCCGCUGCUCCCGACACAUCAAUUCAGUGCAUUUUCCAGCAGAGAUCAUUGUGAGCUCACAGAUCGAGAGGAUGACAGCUCGAGUGUAUUGCUCGUUGAUUGCUGUUUUGUGUCUGUCUGGAUACUUGAGCAUUACAGAUGCUACUCCAGGAAAAACCACAGCAAAGCCUGGAGAGUGUCCACCCCAAUCAUCUGGAAUAAAAUUGUGUACCACGUCCUGUAACUGUGACUCUAACUGUCCCAACAAUGAGAAGUGCUGCAGCAAUGGAUGUGGACGUUACUGUACGGUUCCAUAUGAAGUGAAGCCGGGUCACUGUCCCAAGCCGAAGAAGAUUCAAGCAUGUGCUGAAAGCUGUUUCCAUGAUGGCCAGUGUCAUGCCACACAGAAAUGUUGCCCAACCACCUGUGGCCAUGCAUGCAGUGAACCACAUGGUCAGGGUAGAGGUCAUGGAAGUGGUCAUGGUUGGGCAAGUGGUCAUGGUCGGGGAAGUGGUGACGGUCAAGGAAGUGGUUGGGCAAGUGGUCAUGGAAGUGGUUGGGCAAGUGGUCCUGGUUGGGGAAGUGGCUGGGGAAGUAGUCAGGGGAGUGGUGACGGUCAAGGAAGUGGUUGGGCAAGUGGUCCUGGUUGGGGAAGUGGCUGGGGAAGUAGUCAGGGGAGUGGUGAAGGUCAAGGAAGUGGUUGGGCAAGUGGUCAAGGAAGUGGUCCUGGCUGGGGAAGUAGUCGGGGAAGUGGUCAAGGUCGGGGAAGUGGCUGGGGAAGUAGUCAAGGAAGUGGUUGGGCAAGGGGUCCUGGUUGGGGAAGUGGCUGGGGAAGUAGUCAAGGAAGUGGUCAAGGUCGGGGAAGUGGCUGGGGAAGUAGUCGGGAAAGUGGUCAUGGUCUGGGAAGUGUUAAAGGAAGUGGUUGGGCAAGUGGUCAUGGAAGUGGUUGGGCAAGUGGUCCUGGUUGGGGAAGUGGCUGGGGAAGUAGUCAGGGAAGUGGUCAAGAAAGUAGUCAGGGAAGUGGUGACGGUCAAGGGAGUGGUUGGGCAAGUGGUCCUGGUUGGGGAAGUGGCUGGGGAAGUAGUCAGGGAAGUGGUCAAGAAAGUAGUCAGGGAAGUGGUGACGGUCAAGGGAGUGGUUGGGCAAGUGGUCCUGGUUGGGGAAGUGGCUGGGGAAGUAGUCAGGGAAGUGGUCAAGAAAGUAGUCAGGGAAGUGGUGACGGUCAAGGGAGUGGUUGGGCAAGUGGUCCUGGUUGGGGAAGUGGCUGGGGAAGUAGUCAGGGAAGUGGUCAAGGUCGGGGAAGUGGCUGGGGGAGUAGUCAGGGAAGUGGUCAAGGUCGGGGAAGUGGCUGGGGAAGUAGUCGGGAAAGUGGUCAUGGUCUGGGAAGUGUUAAAGGUGGGGGAAGUGGUUAUUGAAAUGG